CUUCUGACCUGGUUCCUUUGUGCCUUCCUAUUUGGUAGUGCAGCUGCCAUUGAGUUGACGGACAUGUUUGGGGAGAUCCAGUCCCCUAACUUCCCAGAUUCCUACCCCAGUGACUCGGAAGUGACUUGGAAUAUUUCUGUGCCAGAUGGAUUUAGAAUCAAACUCUACUUCAUGCAUUUUGACCUGGAAUCGUCCUACCUCUGUGAAUAUGACUACGUGAAGGUUGAGGCUGAAGACCAAGUCUUGGCAACUUUCUGUGGCAGGGAGACUACAGACACGGAGCAGGCCCCUGGGCAACAGGUGGUCUUGUCUCCGGGUCCUUACAUGGGCCUCACGUUCAGAUCUGACUUCUCCAAUGAGGAGCGCUUCACUGGCUUUGAUGCCCAUUACACAGCAGUGGAUGUGGACGAGUGCCUGGAAAAGAGCGACGAGGAGCUGGCCUGCGACCACAACUGCCACAAUUACAUCGGGGGGUACUACUGCUCCUGCCGAUUUGGCUACAUCCUGCACUCCGACAACAGGACCUGCAAAGUGGAGUGCAGCAGCAACCUCUUCACCCAGAGGAGCGGGGUGAUCACCAGCGCUGACUUCCCCAGCCCCUAUCCCAAGAGCUCCGACUGCCUGUACCGCAUCGAGCUGGAGGAAGGCUUCCUCAUCAGCCUGCAGUUCGAAGACAGCUUCGACAUCGAGGACCACCCGGAGGUGUCCUGCCCCUACGAUUACAUCAAGAUUAAAGCCGGUCGGAAGGAGUUCGGCCCUUUCUGUGGGGAAAAAUCCCCAGGACGUCUAGAAACCCAAAGCAACAGCGUCCAGAUCCUGUUCCACAGCGACAGCUCAGGAGAGAACCAAGGGUGGAAGUUAUCCUACACGGCAAUCGGGAACCCGUGCCCACUGGUGCAGCCGCCAAUCAACGGGAAAAUCGAGCCCUCGCAGGCCAAGUACACUUUUAAGGACCAGGUGGUCGUCAGCUGCAACACCGGCUACAACGUGCUAAAGGAUAACAUGGAGAGCGACUCCUUCCAGAUCGAGUGUCUGAAGGAUGGAACAUGGAGCAACAAGAUCCCCAUCUGCAAAAUUGCUGACUGCAAAGCACCAGUGGAGCUGGAACAUGGGUCCGUCACCUUCGCCACAAGGAACAAUCUCACCACGUACCGCUCAGGGAUCCGGUACUCCUGCCAGCGACCCUACUAUCAGAUAGCCCCAAAUAUCACUGGCACGUACACCUGUGAUGCUAAGGGGGUGUGGAAGAGCGAGGAGCUGGGGACCAAGCUGCCGUCUUGUCGACCAGUGUGUGGCCAGCCAGUUCGCCCUCUGCCCGGGAUAAUCAAGCGCAUCAUUGGAGGGCGGAACACGGAGCCCGGCUUCUUCCCUUGGCAGGCCCUGAUCGUGGUGGAGGACACGUCCAGGGUCCCCAACGACAAGUGGUUCGGCAGCGGGGCCCUCCUCUCUGACUCCUGGGUGCUGACGGCGGCUCACGUCCUCCGCUCCCAGCGACGGGACAACAUCAUCAUCCCAGUGUCCAAGGAGCACGUCACCGUCUACCUGGGCCUACAUGACGUGAGGAACAAGAAGGAUGCCGUCAACCGGACGGUGGAGGAGAUCAUCCUGCAUGGGGGAUUCGACAUCCAGAACUACAACCAUGACAUCGCCCUGGUCAAGCUGAAGGAGAAGGUGACCAUGGAUGCCUACGUAAUGCCUAUCUGCCUGCCCCAGUUUGAGCACGAGCUGGAAGGGCCUCACCCCAACACCUUGGGCCUGGUGGCCGGCUGGGGCAUCUCCAACCCCAACAUCACCGUGGAUGAGAUCAUCAGCUCGGGGAUGAGGACGCUGUCCGACAUCCUGCAGUACGUCAAGCUGCCGGUGGUGCUGCAUGCCGAAUGCAAGACCAGCUACGAGUCCCGCUCAGGCAACUACAGCGUGACCGAGAACAUGUUCUGUGCCGGCUAUUACGAAGGGGGGAAGGACACCUGCCUGGGAGACAGCGGAGGAGCCUUCGUCAUUCAGGACCCCGGGACCCAGAGGUGGGUGGCCCAAGGCCUGGUCUCAUGGGGUGGGCCGGAAGAGUGUGGAAGCAAGCAAGUGUAUGGGGUGUACACCAAAGUGUCUAACUACGUGGACUGGGUAGAGGAGAAGAUGGGAUCCUCACACAGGUGGACAUUCCUGGAUCCUGAACUGAAGAGAUGA